AUGCUCCCCCUCAACCUCCUCCUCGCUGCCCUCCCCCUGGCAGCAGCGCAGUCCCUCUCAGACCUCAUCCUCGACACCGCACCCUCCUCCCCGCGCCCCUACAUCAUCCCCCACUACGCCAACGCCCACGCCGUCACAAUCGGCCAGCAACUCUACCGCUUCCCCGUCACCGGCCCCUCCUCCGACUAUGCCUUCACCCUGAUGAGCACCAACGCCCCCGCCAGCUCCUCGCUCGGCGUCCUCCCGCACAUCCACCAGAAGCACUACGAGAACUUCUUCGCCUUUAAGGGCCGUUUCCAACUCUGGGCGCAGAAGGGCGAUGGAGCGCAAGAAGCCCGCCUCCUCACACAAGGCGACUACGGCUCCGUCCCGCGCAACACAACGCACACAUUCCAGAUCGUCGACCCAGACACCGAGAUGAUCGGCGUGAUCAGCCCCGGCGGCUUCGAAGACCUCUUCUACACGCUGGGCACCAACUUCUCCUCCGCCACCAACACGCCGUACGUCCCGGCCGCUAGUAACUCCUCGUCCUCGCCCCCGGCCGAAGUCAUCGCCUCCCUCCAGAAAUUCGACGUCUACGCUCAGCUUGACUUCGAGCCGACGCGCGACCUUGUCAACGGCUCUUCCAGCACUGAAUCCUCAUGGCACGCCAUCGAUUCAACCGUGACACCGCUCGGCGAACCCGCGCAGCCGUACUUCAUCGCCAACAACUACGGGCCCAAGUACCUGAAUUCCCGACACGGGGCGUACCAGAUCGUGCAGCCGCUCGUGACGAACGCCCAGAGCCAGGAUACGAACUACACGCUGUCGACGAUCAUCAUGAGUCGGCUGCACGCUGGGUCCGCGGAUAGCUGGAAGGGCGAUGGAGCGUGCGCGUUUGAGGUGCUGGAUGGCUCGGUCAUGAUUCAGAUUGGGAAGUACCCUGUUGCGAGACUGGAGAGCGGGGAUGUGGCGUUUGUGCCGAAGGGCACGGAGUACCGCUAUUGGUCUGAGCGCAGCUAUGCGAAGGUGCUUUAUGUUUCGAGUGGUGAGGGGGGACUUGAUAGGCGCUUGAUUGAGGGGGGGAAGAGCUGGGCUUAUCCUACUUUCCCGACGAGCUGGAAGAAGACGGAAUUGUAG